AUGUCUGAACUCGACGCAUUGCUCAACACUCUUACAUCCGAACUGACCCAUCAAGGAGGAGAUCCAACUCCACAACUUAUUUUUCAUGCACAAGAUUUAGUUGCUCUAUUGGAUAAUGGUGCUGGAUUCGGAUGUCAAGAUAUUGGAAAGGUCAUAGGCCCAAUAUCCAUUUUAUGCUCCCCAGAUCAAGACCCAAGAGUCCGCUCUUUGGGCUACGAAGCAAUAUCUGCAGUUUGCAUGCAUUCACUUCCGAGCAACUCCGAUUCACCAACGGUCCUGGAGCGACGACAACUGUGGGACGCUCUCUGCAGUGCUGGAGAAGAAUGGGAGCUAGAAAUCAGUGCUUCUAGAAUACAGGCCCUUCGUGCUCUGCUGGGUCUUGGGAAAAGUGGCGAGGACACCUCCCUGACACCUCAGGUCUCCAACGCCGAAGGCCUCGAGCAACUGCUUCCAGAGACGAGAAAAUGGCUAUCUCAUGUGGUUGAGAUUCUCUUCUCGUCAUCCGAGGCGUCCAGAGACUCCAGAGACUCUCACUCCUACCAUCUAGCCAGCGAAGACGAGAUGGAAACAUUCAUUACCGAGUUGGAUCGAAUCAUCAACUGCAUCAUCUUCGAUAAUCCGAAAGUUCUCUCCGACAACGAAUUCGAAGAGACUCUAGAGCUAUACUGCUCGUGGAUCCAGCGCAUCAGCAAAGACGAAGCAUGGGUAGCAAUCACUCAAUCUUCUUUCGCCACUCCUACCACGCUUACACAACCAAAAGCCCCACGGAUUCACCAUCGCAAUACUUCGGCCGCUACAACCCCAACUACUUUUACAUUUCCAUCUUCUAUCCGCUCACGACCCCGGUAUCCGGUCAUUCCAUCUGGCCAUAGGACGCCUCUUUACGGGUCUUCUGGAAAGGAGUUUGCAACAGCAUCUCCUGAUUCCAACGGAAAUACUAUCUCAGGCAAUUAA